ACGGCACUGGCCGCCGCCCGUCGACUCGUUACCAGUGCGGCAGCGCCUCGCCGUCGCCGGCAAUCCGGUUGGCUCACCGGCCGACUGGUCCCGUCGCCGGGCUCGCCCCUCCGCCACCCAACUGGUGGAGGUGGAGCAGGAGUACUCGAGUAUGAAUCCUGUGGGGCCUCUGUCUCGCGCUCCCUCCUCAGUCGCUUACUCCUGCCAAGCGCGCAGCCUCACUCAAACCCUGCUCUCCAGCCUCGCCGGCGACCGCCUCCGACGCCUCCUCCCGGCUUCCCAUGCCCGCGCCGUCGUCUCAGAAGGUCUCGGUAACCUGUUCCUCGCCAACCUUCUCCUCCGUGGUUACUCCAAGCUCGGUCUCCUCCUCGACGCCCGCCGCCUGUUCGACGGAAUGCUGCACCGGAACCUCGUAUCCUGGUCAUCGGCCAUCUCCAUGUACGCGCAGCAUGGCGGCGACGACCAAGCUCUUUUCCUCUUUGCAGCGUUCAGGAAAUCAUCUGACGAGGUGCCCAACGAGUUCUUGCUUGCCAGUGUCCUGCGGGCCUGCACGCAGUCCAGGGCUGUUCCUUUCGGCGAGCAAGUGCAUGGUACUGCCCUCAAGCUUGGCCUGGAUGUUAAUCUCUACGUUGGCACAGCGUUGAUCAACCUGUAUGCAAAGGUUGCCUUCAUGGAUGCGGCGAUGCGGGUGUUCCAUGCCCUCCCCGCAAAGAACCCAGUCACUUGGACAGCAGUCAUCACUGGCUACUCUCAGAUUUGCCAGGGCGGACGUGCCCUGGACUUGUUUCAAAAGAUGGGGGUUCAAGGUGUCCGUCCUGACAGGUUUGUGCUAGCAAGUGCUGUCAGUGCCUGCUCUGCGCUUGCCUUUAUACAAGGAGGCAGGCAAAUACAUGGUUAUGCUUAUCGAAGUGCAGCAGGAAUGGAUGCUUCAGUGAUCAAUGCACUGAUGGAUCUUUAUUGCAAGUGCUCUAGACCGUUAGUGGCUCGGAAGCUGUUUGAUCACACAAAGAACCAUAAUCUUGUGUCUUGGACAACAAUGAUCGCUGGUUAUAUGCAGAAUUCACUUGAUGCUGAAGCCAUGGACAUGUUCUGGCGGAUGUGUCGAGUUGGAUGGCAGCCAGAUGUCUUUGCUUGCACAAGUACCUUGAAUUCGUGUGGCUCAUUGGAGGCUAUAUGGCAAGGAAGGCAGAUACAUGCACAUGCCAUAAAGGCUAACCUGGAGACUGAUGAGUAUGUCAAGAAUGCUCUCAUUGACAUGUAUGCUAAGUGCGAUCAUUUAACUGCUGCAAGAGCGGUAUUUGAUGCCUUGGCGCAUGAUGAUGUGAUUUCUUACAAUGCGAUAAUUGAAGGAUAUGCAAGGCAAGGUGAUCUUACAGAAGCGCUUCAUAUAUUCCAUAAAAUGAGAUAUUGCUCUCUAAGGCCAAAUCUAUUGACCUUUGUUUCGCUCCUUGGGGUGUCAUCAUUUCAGUCAGCUAGUGAAUUGAGCAAACAGAUUCACGGUCUCAUCAUCAGAUCAGGAACUUCAGUAGACCUGUACGUGGGGAGUGCUCUAAUUGAUGCCUAUUCUAAAUGUUCCCUCGUGGAUGAUGCCAAGGCUGUGUUUCUUAUGAUGCAAAACAGGGACAUAGCCAUAUGGAAUGCCAUGAUAUUUGGCCACACCCAGAAUGAGCAAGGCGAAGAGGCAGUAAAACUCUUCAACCAGCUUCGUAUCUCUGGGGUAACACCUAAUGAGUUCACAUUUGUAGCACUAGUAACUGCGGCAAGCAACUUGGCAACCAUGUUCCAUGGGCAGCAGUUUCAUGCCCAGAUCAUUAUAGCAGGUGCUGACAUGGAUCCUCAUGUUUCAAAUGCUCUUAUAGACAUGUAUGCAAAGUGUGGCUUUAUUAAAGAAGGAUGGUUGUUGUUUGAGUCAACAUGUGGGAAGGAUGUCAUUUGUUGGAACUCAAUGAUUUCGACAUAUGCACAGCAUGGUCAUGCUGAAGAAGCCCUUAGAGUUUUCCAGCUGAUGAGAGAGGCCAGAUUAGAACCAAACUAUGUCACUUUUGUUGGUGUGCUAACAGCAUGUGCUCAUGCAGGUCUUGUGGAUGAAGGUUUACACCAUUUUAACUCUAUGAAAACAAAAUAUGGUAUUGAACCAGGUACUGAGCAUUAUGCUUCUGUUGUCAAUCUUCUCGGCCGUUCAGGAAAAUUGCAUUAUGCUAAGGAGUUUAUUGAAAGGAUGCCAAUCAAACCAGAGGCAGCUGUUUGGAGGAGCUUGCUGAGUGCCUGUCGUCUCUUUGGUAACGUUGAAAUUGGGAGGUAUGCUGCUGAAAUGGCACUCUUGGUAGAUCCAUCAGACAGUGGCCCUUAUGUACUACUGUCAAAUGUUUAUGCCUCCAAAGGGUUAUGGGCUGAUGUGCAGAAGCUAAGACUGGGGAUGGACUAUGCUGGGAUGGUGAAGGAACCAGGUUAUAGUUGGGUUGAGGUGAUGAAGGAGGUUCAUACUUUCAUUGCAAGUGGGACAGAACACCCACAGGCAGAAUCCAUAUAUGCAGUACUGGAUGAGCUGACGAGUCUACUGAAAGAUUUUGGCUAUCUCCCUGAUACAUCUGAACUUUCAUUACUUGGUGAUUAUGGUUAGUGCUACUUGCUCAGUGGUCACCAGUUACUUUCAUAAGAUGGACCACUCUAAUUCAGUAUCUACACAAUAUUGACUCUGGUAUGAUGAGGCAGUCAUGUAGUGGCUUUAGAAUAUUACUGUGAUUUACAACUGUCCAUUCCAAAACAAUUUCUGACUGGUCACUACUUAUUGACCAAGACGAGCAUUGGGACAGAGGAUCAGAUAUUAAGAGAGAAAAAUCCGAGCAUAUAUUUACUAUCAACUCAGAUCUUUGAGAUUUGUAACCGCAUAAAAAAAUUGGAUGUGAAGUUUCACUGACGCACAUACACAGAUAGUGGAGUCAAGUGAUUUGGUAACAGCAUCAGAUUUUGGCUUAGAGAAAAGUUAAUAAUGUUAAACUGAUUCAUUGACCGAUAAGAAGCUCUUGUUUACAGCUAUUUCGUUGGCCAGUAACCGAGAUAAACAUAUGUGGUGUAUUUUCCUUACUAACUGAUUCCCAGAGAAAAAAACCUUAUCGAACUUCUUACUCUUAAUGUUUAGCUAUUAGAAAGUUUUCCCCUUGGUCGCUGGUUGUAUCAUGAGAUAACGGAUCGGGCUCGGCUUUCUCUCCAAAAAAAAUAGGACUAAUUUUCUUACGUCCUUAUUAUUGCUUUCCCACAUCAAAUGUUGUGGAACUGCUGAUACAUCAGCAGGUAGUCAUACACAAAACUUAUCUGACUGCUCCACUGGGACAAAUCUCUGGAAAUAAUCUCCAUGGAAAGGUAAAAAUCUGUUAUGUUGGUGCAAGGACUGUGCUGCUAUUAUAUAUAGGUGGGAUCAUACUUGAUUCAGGAUCAUACUUGGUGCAAGGAGCAUGAAGUCAUUCAACAUAAUCCAAAAAAAAGGUCAUUCAACGUGGUCUUGGUCACUGAUAAUGCAAGAGUGAGUUUAUUGAAGGUAAACAAUAUGGCCAUAUGGGUUAUGUGGAGUUUGAUUAGUGAUGCUACAUACAUUUUUUGAGGACUUCAAACAUGUGUUUACUGGCCUCUUGGAUAGUUGGAUCCAUAGAUAUCACCUUCAAAAUGAUGUGCUUUGGUCACAGAUCAUUAGAUUUAAAUAUAAGACUGAACAUCUAAACCUGUUUUGCUGCCCUGAACGAAAUGUUUCUCCUUUUUGGGAAGGAGUACAGUGGGCAGCUCAAGCAGCUGCUAUGGGCUAUCAAUGGUUGGUUGGUAACGGGGACAGAAUCAGGUUUUGGAAAGAACAUUGGUUCAGGAACUCGAGCUUAGCUGUCCAGUUUUGGCAUUUAUAUGUCAUCAACAAUGAACACGGUGCUACCAUUAGUCAAGUUUGGGAUGGAACUGAUUUGAAAUUAACUUUUAGAAGAACGGUUUCCCAACAGCUUAUGCUGCAAUGGGAAGAAUUGUUCCAGGUUGCUAGCAGUGUUGUUCUCAACAAUGAGGAAGAUGCUGUCAUUUGGAAAUUCAAUUCUAAUGGCAAAUAUUCAGUGCAAUCGCUGUACGCGGUGCUGAGCUUUAAAGGGGUUUACCGUCUACAUUUUGGCAAUGUGGAAAUUAAACACCCCUCCAGAGUCCACAUUUUCCUUUGGUUGCUGUACAAUAAUAAGCUUCUAACUAGAGAUAAUCUACAAAAAAGAAUGGAAGUGGCUGAUAGGUA